UGCCAAGCUUCGAGAUGCGACCAACAGCGCGAUUGAGCAGCAUGUUGAAGCUGAGGUGGAAGGACUACAGUUGAUGGCGAGCUGUUAGCUGCUGAACUGUGGAAGAGCGUAGGAGCCGAGUUCAGAGAAAAUCUCCGAAUGAGUGAUGAACUUAUUAGAUCUCUCACCGUGUUCUUCCUGUCGUUCGGCAAGAUUUUGCGGGACAAUAUUUCAACCCACACUCGAACAGGCUCUGUGGGAUCCAACGAGGACGCUGGCCGCUCCUCUCGGCUGAGUUUGGAAGGCGUGCGACGCCUUCCGGAUGCGGAUAGUCGAGAUGCCGUGGACGAAUGGGGUCGAAGGAAUGCAGGUGGCCGUGGUUCUGACUCCGGUCGACGGAGCUUGGAAAGCCCAGCAAGGAGACUGGAAUUGGGAAUGGAAUCAUAUCCAAGAUCUUCCACCUCCAUGAGUCGCACCAGAGCUGGAUCUCCCGUUCAAAGACCUGGAACGGCCAGUCCUGACCCUAGCCACUCACGAAAAUCGGGCGUUUUCUCCGCUUUCUCGUCAACAUCAAGGAGAUUCUUUACUUCUCGAAAGGGCAUUCAAUCGCCGUCCAUCGGAAAUCCCACAUUAUCCAUGGAGUCGAGCACUUAUGAGUCGCCGACACCUGCCAGACACGUGGAUCCCGAACGAAUGCCAGGACGGUCCAGCUUGGAUUAUGAAAGGUCAACCCUUCCCUCUGAAUCAUCGCAAAAUCGAUCACCUGAACGUAACAGACUGCGAAAGAACAAGACGUCCACUACGUCCAAUGCCACCGUUCGGGGCAGCUCGAUUCUUCCGAGUGUCUCAACUGCCUUGCCAGCGCAGGUGACUAUAACUCCCGCUAUCAACUCGCCCGAAGAGUUCGACCUUCGCUCUGGAUCUUUGAGCAAGGCCCCAGCAACGUCGUCCGAUGAUGACUACAACACUCAUCCACACUACGUCCACCAGGAGCGAGCACAAAGAAAGAGGACGAUUUCAAUAACAUCUGAUAUGGACGAAGACCCAUCUUCGACGCCCAUAAAUACAACAACAACUCGUGUAGACAUGAGAGGAUUAAGACCUAGACAGUCCCCCAAUACUCCUGUCACCACAGGACGAGACAGAGAACGAAGAAGAACGCUCACAGGACUGUUCAGCUGAUCGACUUAUACCCUGUUUUCCUGCCAUUUCUUGAGCGGUAUACAUUGCCUGAGUUCACACUUUUUCCCUGCUUUCGAUGCAUUGACUGCACAUGGCUGAUAAUUUUAUGAGUUUUCUUUUAUUAAUGACUGCAUGCCUUGUUGUUCAUAAUCCGCACCAGUUUAAUUGUACGCCGCACACCACGUUCACUACUGGGGUAUCGC